AUGAACAGGGCUUUACAUGCGAAAUGGAUAUGGAGAUAUGGGAAGGAAGAGAAAGCUUUAUGGCGAAAGGUAGUCAAUCAUAAAUUUGGUGGUAAUCCGAAAGUGUUCUUUCCAUCUUCAAACAACAAGCCAAUGAGGAUUUUAUGGGCAAGUAUUCUAAAAAGUAAUUCUACUGUGGUUCAAAAUUCAGUUCUUAAGGUUAAUAAUGGUGAUAAGGUGUUGUUUUGGAGAGACAUUUGGUUAAAUGGUCAUGCUCCAAUGAUGUUGUUUCCGGCUUUAUUCAAACUUAGUAGGAACAAGGAUGCCACUAUUCAAGAAAUGUUGAUGAUGUCCGGUCAUGAUACCUGGAAUUUUGCUUUCAGUAGACUACUUAAUGAUCAGGAGAUUGAGGAUGUAGCACAUCUUUUGAAUUUAAUUCCUGCUAUUAACAGCGACAGUGGAGGUAACCAAUGA